AGCUGAGCUUUCCUCACUCUGUGCAUUAAUAGCCUCCUGACACAGCCCAGCAGCUGGGGCUGACAUUUGCAGAGGCUCAGACGCGCCAGGACGACGGGAGCCCGCGUGGGGAGGCUGCGGGUGAGCAGGGCCCAGGGGAAGACAGUCCAGGAACCACAUCCCGGCACGGGAUGGACGAGACCAAAGCCCUGAAGGUGCGGCUCACCUUCUGCGUGCUGCUGGUGGGCAUCUCGCUGCUCUUCGCGGCCGUGGUGACAGACCACUGGGCCGUGCUGAGCCCCAGGGUGGAGGACUUCAAUGCUACCUGCGAGGCAGCUCACUUUGGGCUCUGGCGGCUCUGCACGAAGCGGAUUCAUGUGCAGAAGCAAGAUGCCAAAGAGACGGGCUGCGGGCCCAUCAGCCUGCCCGGAGCUCAUAACUGCUCCUACUUCAAGCACUUCACUCCCGGACAGAGCUCGGAGAUAUUUGAAGUCACCACCCAGAAAGAAUACAGCAUUUCAGCUGCAGCCAUUGCCAUCUUCAGCGUUGGCUUUGCAAUCAUCGGAACAAUCUGCGUCCUCUUCUCCUUCCAGAAGAAGAGGGACUACCUGCUGAAGCCAGCAUCUAUGUUCUACACUUUUGCAGGUCUCUGCAUCAUCAUCUCCGUGGAAGUCAUGAGACAGUCUGUGAAAAGGAUGAUCGACAGCAAGGACACAGUCUGGAUGGAGUACAGCUACUCCUGGUCCUUCGCCUGUGCCUGUUCCGCCUUCGUCCUGCUCUUCAUCUUCGGAAUCGUCCUCCUCCUCAUCGCGCUGCCCCGCUUCCCCCAGAACCCCUGGGAGACCUGCAUGGAUGCAGAACCUGAGCACUGAUGCUCCCCACAGCCAUGGGAGAAGCCAGAGAGUGUCUUGAUAAAAUUUGUAUUUUUUAAGAUGUCGGGAUCUCACUAUACGAUGUGCACUCCGUUAACUAAGUCAUUAAUGAACCAAGGCACGUUCAAUUGUAA